CGCUGUAAAAAACGGCACUCCCACUGUAGUUCUCAGUUGACACACUAACCAAUAAAAAAACCCCAAAUUUCCCACCGACUUGAUCAUCGCAAUUCAAUCAAAUCAGCCCCAAGCCUCCUCUCAUCUCCUCAAUCUGGAUCUCUAAAUGCGAAGUAGACUCGGAGAUGCAAUGGCGCCGGCGAAGAGAGGCGGCGCUCACAACCGGCACCACCAGCUGAAGCAACUGAGCGGCGGCGUCAAGCGGCUGUUCGGAAAGUUAUCGGUUGCGGUUAUCGUGCUUGUGAUCUGCACUCUCUCUUUGUUGUCAUCCACCAAGACUUAUAAACCGCCUGCUUCUCCUUCCAAGAUCAGCGUAAAGAACCUUUGGGGUACUGUUGCAUCUGACGGUUGGAGACCAUCAUCUGCACCACGAUCUGAUUGGCCUCCUCCUCCAAAUGAAAGCAAUGGCUAUCUGCGUGUUCGUUGCAACGGAGGUUUAAAUCAACAGCGUACUGCGAUCUGUAAUGCAGUUCUUGCUGCAAGAAUUAUGAAUGCUACACUUGUACUUCCUGAGUUGGAUGCAAACUCCUUUUGGCAUGAUGACAGUGGUUUCCAGGGUAUAUAUGAUGUCGAGCAUUUUGUCAAUUCGCUAAGGUAUGAUGUACGAAUUGUGGAGAGGAUUCCUGAAAUUCGAAAAAAUGGAAAGACAAAGAAGAUAAAGGCUUUUCAGAUUCGACCUCCUAGAGAUGCUCCUGUCAGUUGGUAUACAACAGAGGCUUUGCAGAGGAUGAAAGAACAUGGUGCUAUUUAUCUCACUCCUUUUUCACAUCGUCUCGCUGAAGAGAUUGACAUGCCAGAAUACCAGCGCUUAAGGUGCAGAGUUAACUACCAUGCCCUCAGAUUCAAGCCACAUAUUAUGAAGUUAAGUAACUCGAUAGUUAGCAAGCUUCGUACACAAGGCCACUUCAUGGCGAUCCAUCUUCGGUUCGAGAUGGAUAUGUUAUCAUUUGCUGGAUGCUUUGAUAUAUUCAACCCCGAAGAGCAAAUGAUAUUAAAGAAGUACCGGAAGGAAAACUUCAAAGACAAGGAUCUUAAAUAUAGUGAACGAAGGGCUAUUGGAAAAUGUCCGCUAACACCUGAAGAGGUUGGCCUAAUAUUACGUUCGAUGGGAUUUGAUAAUUCCACGAGGAUAUACCUUGCAGCUGGUGAGCUAUUUGGUGGCGAAAGAUUUAUGAAGCCUUUUAGAUCCAUGUUCCCACGCCUGGAGAACCACAAAACGGUUGAUACUUCUGGCGAGAUAAGUGAAAAUACACAGGGCUUAAUAGGCUCUGCUGUUGAUUACAUGGUCUGUCUUCUGUCUGACAUUUUCAUGCCAACAUAUGAUGGACCCAGCAACUUUGCUAAUAAUCUAAUGGGCCAUCGCCAAUACUAUGGUUUUCGCACCACACUCCAUCCUGAUAGGAAAGCCCUUGCUCCAAUAUUCAUUGAUCGAGAAAAUGGGAGAACAGCUGGUUUCGAAGAAGCUGUUAGACAUGCAAUGCUUAAGACAAACUUUGGUGGUCCUCAUAAACGUGUCUCUCCCGAGUCUUUCUAUACUAAUUCUUGGCCUGAAUGCUUUUGCCAGACAGCUGCAACAAAUCCUGCUCAUAAAUGUCCACCAGAAAAUAUAUUGCAGAUACUAGAAGAUCAGUUGGAGAAUGAAGGGACAACUAAUUCAGACACCGCUCAAUCUAAUUUGACGUCUGUCGAAGAAAAUUAGGAAAAUUCAUUACACAUUCAUGUUAAUUAGCUAGAUAGCUCUGUUUGUAAAGUAUGCUAACCAACAAGAGGGCAAGAAGGUUUCAUCAAGAGUGUCAGCCGUGGCUUACAUUUUUCAGAGACUUUGUGGGGGUUCAGGCAGAAGUAACUUGCAUUUCAGAUAGCAGCAGAACUUGAUGGAUAAUCUACAAGGAGUUCGAAAUUAUACUAUAUGAGGUUGAUGUACACUAAUAUUACAUAUUUUUUUUACGUUUGAUUAGUUUGAUGAUGAUGAUACAGCCAUAAUAUACAGUUUUCCGAUACCAGAGAAGAAAUUGUAGCUUGAUAUGUAAUGUACAGGUUUUUCGAUACCAGAGAAAGAAAUCAGUGUUCAAGUGGCUGAAGUUUUUUACUUUGAA